AUGUCCGAGCAGUACUGCCAGCUCGGCGGCGGCGCGCGCUACUGGCACACGCGGUGCGUCGAGAGCUCGCGCGCACGGCGGGAGACGACCAUGAUGCUCAUGCACAGCAUGAACCAGCUCGCCUCUACCUUCAUCGGGCGACUGUCGACCGGCACAAUGGCGCCCGACGACCAAGACGCCGACGAUCGGUCGACCUCGAACAACACGUCGGACCUCGACACCGCGGACUGCUUCUCGUCGGCCACGGAGGGCGACUACACGAUACGAAGCGACCGCGGCGGCGGUGGCGGUGGCGGCGGCGGUGGACGCGGGCGCAAGGCCGUGACGGUGUGGGACGAUUCGGACGUGUCCGACGUCGACAUCACCCUGCGCGGCCACAACGUCGUUGGCUCCAUGCGCGGCAGCUCGUCGCCGUCGAGCAAGCGCCGGCCGCCGGUGGUGGUCACGAACGCGAGCUCGUCGCCCUCGCCCUCGCCCUCCCCGUCGCCGUUCGAGACCGUGCGCCGAGGGAUGGCACCCUGGGGCGCGAGCCUGCGUCCACACGGCACCUUCUACCGCAGUCUCUCGUUCGAGCUCGACAGCGCCGGCAACACGAUCCGACCCAAGCCCAAGCGACAGAAGGACAAGGACGCCAAGGAGAAGAGCCGCAAGGACAAGCACCCGCGCUUCAGUCCACACAAGAACAACAACAGCAGCACCAACAACAGCAACGCGGGCGACGGCGGCGAGGGCCGGAUGAUGGCCAUGUCCUCCAGCUCGGCCAUGCUCUCGCCCCGGCGCACCACACAGCUGCAGCAGCUGCAGCAGCACCCGCUGUCGGGGUCCCUGUCGUCCCUGUCGUCGGAUGACGAGACGCCCAAGGACCGACCGCGCAUGAGGAAGAAGACCAAGGGCAGCAGCGACAAAGGUAAUCCCAACGCUCGCUCCAAGUGCGGAACGUGCGCUGAGGUGAUAGCCAAGGACGGCAACUACGUGUUCGUGAACGGCAACAAGCACCAUAUCGACUGCUUCUUCUGUUCAUCAUGUCUUCGGCCGCGCUUCUAUGAGUUGAAGGAUGGAAAGACGGUGUGUGUGGAGUGCUUGCCGCAGUGCGACGGCUGCAAUCUGCCCCUCAUCCCGGUGACGGGCGGCAAGCACGGAAGGCUGCGCACCCACAGCAACGGCAACAGUAACAAUAACGGCGCCAGCUGCGCCGCCGGCCCCACCUCAGCCGGGGACAAUGGCAGCAACAGCGGCCUGGCCAGCAUCCAGCACAACAAGGAAAACAUUAACGUCAACCCGCCGCUAUUUGCCAGCGGCGACGAGUCGAGGGAGAAGACAGGCGGCGGCGGAGGCGGAGGCGGCGGGACGACGAGCGCUGGCCAGGAGGACAAGGAGGACGGCGAGGCGGAGAUGGUCAUCGAACGCGACGGCGUGGUGCAGCGGUUCCACAGGAAGUGCAUCCUGAAGUGCCCCUCCUGCAGGCUGCCCAUUCAGCGGAAGCGUGGCAAGCUCUACAAGAAGCAGGGUAAACCGUGGUGCGCCAAGUGCAUAACGAAGUGCUCGGUGUUCGAGGACAAGGCGCUGGUGGUGGUGAAGCCACAAGCCGGGUCCAAAUCAAGAUCCACGUCUAUUCAGGGCACUCAUCACGGUCCCAAUACGAUCGAGGAGCUGCUGGGCGAGGAGCUGGGCCUGCACUCGUUCAUCGACUUCAUGGUGCACGACUACUCGGUGGAGAACAUCCUGUUCUACCUCGACGUGGAGGCCUUCAAGCGGCUCAAGCGGAAGCAGGACAUCCUCAGCCAGGCCAACAAUAUUUAUAACAAGUACCUCACCACCGAGGCCGAGCUCGAGCUCGCCUCCAUCGACGCCGAGGAGCGCAAGAAGCUCACCUACAUCCUGGCCAACAAGACCGGCAAGGUCAAGAACAACUUCUUCGAAGCCCUCCAGAAGCACAUCUACUCCUUCCUCAAGGAGAAUGCGUUCCCGAGAUAUCUGAAGAGCGACGAGUGCAGGGCGCUGCACAAGGCCAGCGGGGUGCCUCCCAGCUCCCCGGGGUCCAGCUCGGCCUCGUAG